CCAUGGCAGGAGAGCUUUGAAACCAUAGAAGAUAGCUCUGUAUCAUACAUAACUCGGGCUCAUUUCUCUGGUGACGCGCAGAGGUGGAUCAUCGUUAAAAGCGCUUCCGUACUGCGCGAGUUUUCCAAACAACCUCACGACAUCGGCAAGGAAUUGAGGUUCCUACAACGGCUUUCCUACGCCAACAUCAUCGAGUUACUGGGGUAUGCGUUCGAGCGUUCAAGCAACUCAAUCCACUUCUGGAUGCCUUAUAUCCCACAUAGCCUCCAUGAUUUACUCAACUCUCCUCAAUUUGUACCUGUUCCUUUGGCCCACGAUGCGACCGCUUAUCCUGAGCACAUCGCCGGAUUCAUCAAACUUACCACAUCCAUCAUGUACCAGAUCAUCAAUGCCAUCGCGUACUUGCAUGAGCACCGCAUCGCGCACAGAGAUAUCAAGCCACGUAACAUCAUGCUCUCCGAGGACUGCUGUGUCAAACUCAUCGAUUUCGGCAUAUCCUGGUCCGAUAGUCUAGACGAGCAUCCAUGCAGGCCUUAUCGUGCUCCGGAGCUCUUAUUCGGAGCGACCAAUUAUGAUGCAUACGCAACGGAUAUGUGGAGUUUGGGCGCGACAUUCGCCGAAUUCUUCAUGCCCUUGAAACUA